UAUAUUUUAAUUGAUAUGUAUCAUCAAACCUGUUGUGUGAGACUGUAUUUUAUAAUUAUGAGUGUAUACAAUUAUAUCUGUUGGCCUGUCAUGAUUUAUUUAAGCCCUCAUAGAAGCAGUCUGACCUCUGCCCUCAUUGCUCUGCUGCCAGGUUUACAGUUUACAGUAAUACAUACCUGAGACCUCAGUCACCUGCGUCACUUUUAUGAUAACAGGGUUUAUUGCUGCUGUAAACCAUCACUCCUCUCUAUGCCCUCGUGGUGAGUCCGCUGUCAGCUUUCAGGAAGCUGAAGGGAUUUACAGAGAAAUAGUUUCCCUCUCCAGCUCCAGGCAAUAAAAAGGUCAUAAAAAAGCGUUAACAAAAAGAUUGGACAGGCAGCGCUAUUCGUCCACUUCUCUCCACCAUCAAAACUGCAGCAACGCUCCAACAACAGAACAGCCAUGAAUAAAGACGAAGGCACAGAGUUAAAAACUAUCCUAAAGCGAAACAAACGGGUGCAGCUGAUGCUGAAUGAUGAGGGCAGCAACACCACCCAAAGCAGCUCCAUCGGGGCUGUUCGCUGGAAGGUGACUGAUGAGAGCGCCCAGCCUCACAGCUCGGCCCCAACCGUUCAUGCCAAGUCAGGCACCAACAGGAGCCCUCAGCAUCAUGCGCGCCAGGGCAACCUGAAGGAGCUGCGCAGUCUGCAGGAGUGUGUUGAAUUCAUCCACCACUGGAAAGAGCAAGUGGACCAAGUGUGCAAGCAGGGGGGCACAGAUACUGGAGAGGGAACCAGUAAAGCAGAGACCAAGAGCUCAGACCGACGCACCGAGCGCAGCCUGGAGGAGAGCCGAAAGCUGAUCCUAGAGUGGGCUGAUGAGCUCCGCCAUGUUGACAAGUUUCUAAUGGAGACACCAUGGAAAUCUGAUCAUCAAAAGAAAGAGGAGCCCAAAGAUGAGGGGCAAGUGAGGCUCAUGGAGUGGGCAAAGGAGCUGCAGAGGGCCACCGAGAGCUGCGGUGUGGAAAGUGAGGAGCUGGGUAAAGUGCUGCGCAUGCUGGGCGUCAAGAAGAAGCGUCUGUUCAAGCUGCUGCCCCUGCUGGAGUUCAUUACCUGGUCCCUGCUGAAGGAUGACAGCUCGGCAAUGGUUUGCCAAAUCUGGCUGCUGGCGAAGCAGAGGACCUGGAAAGCAGGAAUACCCAGAUACAUCCCAAACACAGUUUGGAGCUGGAUCUGCAGCGCAGCUGCUGAUGUGUUGCUCGACCCAAUGACGACUCACCCAUGGCUUCAGCUUUCAGACGACCAGCGGAGGGUCCAGGAGGGUCUAACAGAGUCCGACCCUCCCUACAGCUCCCAGCGCUUUGACAGCUGUCCCUGCGUUCUGGGCUCGGAGGGCUACAGCUAUGGCCGCCACUACUGGGAGGUGGACAUCGCCAAUAAGGGCUACUGGCGUGUCGGCCUGACCACGGCCGACUCUAAGCGGAAGGGAAACUUCCCAAUGACCCCCAAAAAGGGAUACUGGGUAUUGUGGAGAAGCACAAACCAUUUUUAUGCCUGCACCAAGCCGGAGACGGAGCUGCCCAUCAGCCUUCUCCCGCGGCGCCUCGGUGUGUACCUAGACUACGAAGAAGGCCAGGUCUCCUUCUACAACGUUGAAACCAAAUCCCACAUCUUCACAUUCACAGCAAACUUCAGGGAUAAGGUGUACCCUCUAUUCGCACCCAUGGACGGCCGCACCCUCAUCACAAUCAUCAAUCCAAAUGAAAUAUCAGAAAGCACGGAGAAGAGCACGGGCAAGGCUAGAAAGGUAGCAUUUAACGAUGGGAAUACGCUGUAAAGAAAGCCUUACCAAUCCCAGUCAAAAGCUUAGAAAAUCUUUUAAAAGAGAGGGAGGAUGUUUGAGCUGUGUGAUCUAGUUUAUUAACUCUCACAACAAUAUAUAAAAUCCAAUAAACAUCGGAAAACCUCUUGAAAUAUUAUAGAAAAACCUAAAAAAAAAUUAACCUUUUAAGAUUUGCUUCAAUUUCAGUUGCAUGAAGCAUGUAGGUUAGAAGAGGGUGUAAUCAGGAGAUUACUGGUUUAUUCUCACUGGAUUAUGAGUUAAUUAGACAUUUGUUCAAAAAUAAGUAAAGUUACAGUCUAUAUA